ACAAGACUGUAUAAACGUCUGGAAAUUGAUGUAAAUAUAAUAUUAUGCCAUACAAGCGUAAAAAGUAUCAUGUGGGUGAUACUCAUUUGAAAAAACGUUGGAGAGUAAGGAAUAGGAAAAAGGACCUCGAUCAAAUUGAUGUAGAUCUACAGGAAGAUAAUGCUGAGAAGUUACUCAAUCAAGAAGUAGAUCUUGAUCGUCCGGGUGCCGCUCAACAUUAUUGUCUUCAUUGCGCGCGUUACUUCAUAAAUAAUCAUGCUCUUUUGGAACAUUUCAAAACAAAAGUUCAUAAAAGAAGAUUAAAAGCAUUAGAACUCGAACCAUACAGCAUAGAGGAUUCCGAACGAGCUGCUGGAUACGGAAAUUUUAAACUUCCGAGUAAACGAAAAAUUGUUACUCAAAAUUCAGAAAACACAGAUAUUACUGAACUAGAGGUCGACGAAGAAAGUCCUAAUAAAAAGAAAAAAGUUGAAGAAAAUGCUACAUAA